AUGGCUCUGCACUCUCUGCCAAGACGCGCGCCCCAGAUGGGCGUGCGCUGGACCCGGAGAUUCUCGACCUCCCCACGAAAUGCCAGCUAUGCGGAUACUCUGCCUAAUUUGAAGAUUGGUGCUCAUACCCGGGUUUUGUUCCAAGGGUUUACAGGAAGACAGGCGACCGCCAAUGUGAAGGAAUCGCUCGAAUGGGGCACCAAAAUUGUGGGCGGAGUCAAGCCCGGCGUUGAGGGAGAGCAUCUGGGACUCCCGGUGUUUCCUUCUGUCAAAGUGGCACAGGAAAGAGCAAAGCCUGAUGCUUCUGCCAUCUACGUGCCGGGAAAUCAGACCGCACAGGCCAUUGAAGAGGCCAUCGAGGCGGAGAUUCCGCUCGUGGUGGCCGUAGCUGAACACGUCCCCAUCCAUGACAUUCUCAGGGUCCACUCCAUGCUCCAGACUCAAUCAAAGACUCGCCUUGUGGGUGCAAACUGCCCGGGCAUAAUCUCCGCCAUUGGCAAGUGUCGCAUUGGCUUCCAACCCUUGCCUUGCUUUGCGCCCGGUAACGUCGGCAUUAUUGCCAAGUCAGGCACUCUGAGCUACGAAACCGUAGCGUCGACAACUCGAGCUGGACUUGGCCAGAGUCUGUGCAUCAGUAUGGGUGGCGAUGUGCUGGCCGGCACCAAUUUUGUUGACGCGCUAAAGAUCUUUGAGCACGACUCCGAUACCCAAGGUAUCAUUCUGGUCGGCGAGAUUGGGGGGACCGCGGAAUUGGACGCCGCAGAGUGGAUUAGAGAUUACCGACAGAGAAGUGCUGAUCCCAAGCCCAUCAUGGCUCUUGUGGGUGGCUUGGAGGCGCCUGCAGGACGAAUUAUGGGACAUGCUGGGGCCUGGGCUGCUCCCGGUGAACCUGACGCUCAAACCAAAUACCAAGCUCUGGAACGGGCCGGAGCUGUCAUGGUCAACCAUCCAGAGAAGUUUGGCGAGGGAAUGAAGACCUUGUUGGGCAACAGAGCCUCUCGGCCAGGUACAAAUUCUAUCUCAAACGGAGGCUCACAAAGGCGCGGGUUCCAUACCUCGAGGCGUGUUACUCCGGUCUCACGACCGCUUGCCCAACAGAAGCGUGACCUCUACAUCAAGCAGUUCCAGGCAUUCGAUAUCUUGAAGCAAAAGUCGAUUUCCAUCAACGAAGCUGCUUCUAGCUUUGACGGUUCCAUUUCCAUCUCUGUGGAUAGGACAGCUCUGUCCCCUUGCAUCGUUGCAUCUCCGGGGAAUAAGGUUGACCCAGCCCAAUCUCGCAGAUUCCCCUUCAGCUACACCCUAGCCAAUUUCGAAAAUAGCUCUAUCAUUCCCGAAGUGGCAUCGCACUUGGGUCUUCCUCCUUCGGCCCAGAGCAAGCUGGCUGGCCUAGUCCAAGCUUUGUGGGAAUUAUUCAAGGAGAAGGAGGCCUUUGUUCUGGAAACACGCAUUGGAAGUUUCACUGAUGGCUCCUUGGAAGUCCGCGGUGCCCGAUUUGGAUUUGAUGAUGCAGCAUACCGUAGCUCCGGACGCCAAGAAGACAUCCACAGCCUGCGGAACAAGGCAGAUGAGAUGCCAGAGGAAGUCGAGGCAGAGAAGGACGGAAUUGUCUACGUCAAGUACGGUCCCCCUACCCACAUCAUUUCGAUCGUGCUAACAGUCAUAGACUACAAGGCGAAGGCAGCAUCGGCACACUGGGUAUGCAUCUUUUACAUUCAAUUUCGAAGUCCAGACAGUCAGCCUCUGACCCUUUCAAUAGUUAACGGCGCCGGUCUUGCCAUGAACACAGUAGAUGCUCUCACAAUUCACGGGGGCCACUGCGCCAACUUCCUCGAUACAGGCGGUAAAGCCACCUCGGAGACCGUCAAAUCGUCUUUCCGGAUCAUUUGUUCCGACAAGCGCGUCAAGACCAUCUUUGUCAAUAUAUUUGGCGGCUUAACACGCUGUGACAUGAUCGCGGAGGGCAUCAUCAUGGCUUUCCGCGACCUGGAUAUGAAGGUGCCCGUUGUGGUGCGGCUACGUGGGACUAACGAGGAGCUCGGUCAAAAAAUGAUUGCCGAGAGCGGUCUUCCUCUGCACGCAUUUGAUAGCUUUGAGGGGGCAGCUAAAAAGACCAUUUGCUUGACUAGAUCUUCAUAG